CUUGUCUUGAAGAUUGUAAGUUAUAUACCACUGAUGUCUGGCACUCCUGAGUUCAAGCUACUCCUGGUUGGUGAUGGCGGUGUUGGAAAGACUACUCUUGUGAAGAGGCAUUUGACUGGUGAAUUCGAGAAGAAGUAUAUCCCUACACUGGGUGUUGAGGUUCAUCCCUUGAAGUUCAUGACCAACUGUGGUGAGAUUAUCUUCAACGUUUGGGAUACGGCUGGUCAGGAGAAGUUCGGUGGUCUUCGUGAUGGCUACUACAUCCAGGGCCAGUGCGCUAUCAUCAUGUUUGAUGUGACGUCUCGCAUCACAUACAAAAACGUUCCCAACUGGCAUCGCGAUAUCGUGCGAGUGUGCGAGAAUAUCCCAAUUGUGCUAGUUGGUAACAAGGUUGAUGUUAAGGAUCGUCAGGUCAAGGCUCGUAAUAUUCAGUUCCAUCGCAAACGCAAUCUGCAGUAUUAUGACCUAUCAGCGAGAUCUAACUACAAUUUCGAGAAGCCUUUCCUCUGGCUCGCUCGCCGCCUCACUAACCAACCUCAGCUCGUUUUCCAGGGUGAAUUCGCCAAGGCUCCGGAGUUCCAGAUUAACCCUGAGCUCGUGGCCCAGCAUGAGAAGGAAUUACAGGCUGCCCAGGACCAAGCUAUCGAUGAUGAUGACGAUGACUUGUAAAUAAUAACAACAUGCUCGAGGUUACUGCCUAUAGUAGUGAUGAUGGUGCACGCAUACGAUGGGCGUUGAUAAUGGAUACCGUCAAUGAGUGGUGUUUGGUGAUGAUGAUAGUAUUUGCAUUAUUUACUCGUUGCUACUAUUUGCAUUACGUUAUACCUCGCGGCCCUGUAAUGACUGCCACGUAUCUGCCUAUUCUCAAAUACC